CCUCUUCACAUAUGACUCUUCACCAGUACCUUUCCUAUCUACUUUUACUUCCUGAAUAUCAAAUACACUUACUGUACUGAUGACUAUUGUGAGCAAAGGAUAGCUGGAGCAGAGAAAUAUACCUUCUAAUCAGACAGAAACUCAUUCAUACUGAAAAAUCAGCGGUCCAAAUGAUAUUAAAAGGGAAAGUAUGUAUAAUUCUCUUAGCUAUAACUACUGCAGGUGUUUUCUUUACGUUAAAUUUCAGAGAAGGGGUUUCGUUUGAGGACAUAAGGUUUCAAUACAAGGUUACAAUACCAAAAGAGCAACAUUUCUCCAACAGUAUAAAGGACGAAAACCCACUAAAUAGAUAUGUCCAGGACGAAAACUUACAAGAUAAAAUUGUACAGGACAACAUACAGGACAAAAAUACACAGGAUGAAAGCUUAAAGGACAAAAAUGUUAAGGACAGAAGUGUACAGGAUGGAAGCUUAAAGGACAAAAACGUACAGGACAACAAUACACAGGACAAAAAAACACAGGGUGGAAGCUUAAAGGACAACAAUGUUAAGGACAAAAGUGAACAGGACAACAUACAGGCCAAAAUAAAAAAGGAUGGAAGCUUACGAGACAAAAAUAUACGGGACGAAAAUGUCCUAAUUAAGAGCACACAGGGCAACCAAUGUGGUUGUAAGAAAUGUUUUUCCAAAGAUGAUAAGUUGCUCAUGAGUUGUUUCAAUCCUUCAAUUGAACCAUUUUUGUCUGUGAACACCAAGCUUUCUGAGAAUGUUUUCCAGUGGUGGAAGCGCAUACAGUAUGAAAGACGCGACUUCAGUUACUACAAAGCAACAGUGGCCAAGCUGUUUACAAUGUUUCCGUCCAUUCCUGAUCUUGGAAAGCCUAGCCCAGGCAAAUGCAGGACUUGUGCUGUCGUGGGGAAUUCUGUAAAUUUGAAAGGUUCAGGUUACGGACCUUUGAUUGAUCAUCAUGAUAUCAUUAUAAGAAUGAACGCUGGUCCAACCAAAGGCUACGAGAAAGACGUUGGGACCAGAACCACUCAUCAUGUCAUGUAUCCAGAGAGCGCUGUAGAUUUGGAUAAUUCAACUCAUCUUGUAGUGUUUGCUUUUAAAAUACAGGAUCUGGAGUGGUCCACUAAGGCCUUGACCAGAGGAUUUUAUGUAAAGACAUCUAGGAAAGUAACACCAAAAAUAAAAGCUAAUAAAGAUUUGGUGAUGGUGGUCAAUCCAGCUUUUAUGAAGUACGUCCAUGAGGUUUGGAUGAAAAGGAGGGGAACGUAUCCAUCCACCGGUUUUAUGACUCUGGUUCUUGCUCUUCACGUAUGCGAUGAGGUCGAUGUGUUCGGAUUCGGAGCCGACAGUAACAGGAACUGGAGCCAUUACUUUGAGGUUUUAAAGAACAAAAAAUAUGGAACAGGACCUCAUUCUGGAAUAAAUGAGUAUAGAGUCCUAAAACAGCUGGCAAAUGAAAAAACAGUCAAGCUUUAUAAAGGAUCAUGAUCUUUAUCAGACUUUGAAAUGUCUUGGAAUAUUUUCCUUAACCAGAAAUCCAUCCAAAAAGCUAAACCAGUUAUUUUUCUUCAAACGAAUAAUCCAGAAAGAUUAAAAAAAAGAAAUAAUAAAUAAACCUUGCAAGGCUUAAAACAAGCUA